GGCCCGCGCGCAGGGGGAGAAGCCGGGCCGCGCCGCGGGGCUUCUCUUGGCCGCACACUCCUGCCAGGCCCGGCCCGGGCCCGAGUCACCCCAGCGGCCCGCGCGUGCGGCGGCGGCGGCGGCGCCCCCCUGGUGGCUGUAAGGGCCGCACUGCUCGGCGGCGGCGCCCCCUGGUGGCUGUAAGGCCGCACUGCUCGGCGGCGGCGGCCAUGGCGGAAGCGGCGGCGGCGGAGUCGGUGCGGGAGGAACUGGCGGCCCUGGCGGCAAUUUUCUGCGGGGCCGGGGAGUGGGAGGAGCGGAGCAGCUCAGAGACAGAUGGGACCAUGUUCAGAAUUCUCACAAAAGCUGAAGGACUUACGGAAGAAGAUAUACCCCUGGAAUUGGUGUUCCAUUUACCCAUUAAUUACCCUUCCUGCGUACCUGGUAUCUCAGUUAGUUCUGAAUGUCUGACCCGCGCUCAGUGCGUGGCUGUGAAGGAGAAGAUGCUUGAGCAGGCAGCAAACCUUUUGUCAGAACCAAUGAUUCAUGGGCUCGUUCUCUGGAUUCAGCAGAAUCUCAGGCACCUCCUCAACGAACCAGCAACUGUCACGGGCAGGGAAAGGUGCACUUUUCCAGCAGGCCUGCCUAUGGAAGAUACAUGGUGGACGACGCUUUUGCAUUUAGAUCACAUGAGAGCAAAGACUAAAUAUGUCAAAACGGUGGAGAAGUGGGCUUCUGAUUUAAGGCUGACAGGAAGACUGAUGUUUCUGGGUAAACUCAUACUGAUUUUACUGCAAGGAGACAGAAGCAACAUCAAGGAAUACCUGAUUCUUCAGAAAACCUCCAAAGUAGAUGUGGACUCAAGUGGAAAGAAAUGCAAAGAGAAAAUGAUUAGUGUACUGUUUGAAACAAAAGUACAGACAGAACACAAAAGGUUUUUGGCAUUUGAAGUCAAAGAGUAUUCAUCAUUGGAUGAGUUACAAAAGGAAUUUGAAACUGCAGGACUUAAGAAGCUUUUCUCCGAAUUUGUACUUGGGCUAGUAAAGUGAAGUGGAAGACAGGAAUCCUUUAAUAAAACAGCAGUGUUGGUGGUUUUUUUUUUUUUUCAUGUUGUUUUUGCCUUGGAUUUUGGGAGUGGCUAACCUGUGCUUAUGAAAUACUCAUAAGGGAACAAUUUUAAAGUUUCUUUGUAACAAAUUGAUAGAUAUAAUCCUAACUUUAGAAACAAAGCCAGUUCUGUUUAUAGAAUAUUAAACAAUAUAAGGAUUGUGUAUUCUAAUUUUUGUAAGUGAAGGCUAGGUUGAAUAGAUGGAAUAAUAUUUAAAAUAUAAAUAUAAAAAAGAUGAUGAAUGAGCCUUUGUGUUUACAUAGAUUUGCUAAUUUUCUUGCAAUUAAAAUUUUUAACUAAAAGAUUUACUUUUAUGUUUACUUUUAUUCAUGUUUAUAUAUUUUACCAUUUGAUCACAAUUUUACCCAUUCCAGUCUAUUAUGUCUAAUUUUUUUUAAGUUGGAUGUUAAUAAAAAUAAAACCAGUUCCUUUGUGGAAUUGCAUAAAAAAUUAACAAAGAAGUUCUGUGGAACUCAGUUUAGAAUUACUUUUUUUUUUUUUUUGCUUUUUGUGUCACACCUGGCGAUGCACAGGGGUUACUCCUGGGUCUGCACACAGGAAUUACUCCUGGCGGUGCUCAAGGGAUGCUGGGAAUUGAACCUGGGUCGGCCACGUGCAAGGCAAACGCCCUACCCGAUGUGCUAUUGCUCCAGCCCCAUAGAAUUACUUUCUUUGGAGGUUACACCUAGAACAAUAGAGGCCGUUUUGAAAACAAAACAGCUUACUCUUUUGAGGUAGGCAGGAAUUUAUAUUCUAGUUUUAUGAGGAGAACUGUUUUCUAGCAAGAACUUGCUGGAUGAAAGAAAUUUCAGAGACUAUUUGAUCACCAUCCUGACAUGACUGGGGUUCCCUGGUGUGUCUGGGACUGACAGUUGUUCCCUCCGGCUGCUGGACAAAGGAAUGGGUCCAACAGGCUUACAAUCAGGAUUAUUAUAGAGAAAUUGUAAAGGGUUUGGGGGCAGCAAUUACACAUAGGUAUGGUUAAAAAUUAACAUAGGGUAUUAAUAUAUAUCACUGUCACUAUAUCACUGUCAUUCCAUUCAUCGAUUUGCUCGAGCAGGCGCCAGUAUCCUAGCCCUGAGAUUUUAGCAGCCUCUCUUUAUUCUUCCUUCCCAAUGGUGCCUCAUUGGAGGCUCUUUCAGGGUCAAGGGAAUGAGACCCAUCACUGCUACUGUUAUUGGCAUAUUGAAUACGCCACGGGGAGCUUGCCAGGCUCUGCUGUGCAUUAAUAUAUAUAUAUUUAUUUAUGUAUAUGUAUAUAUAUAUUUUUUUUUUCCUGGAGAACUGAGCUGGUAAAUAUAACCAGAUUGUGUCAUGGCUAGAAGUUAGGACAAGAGGAGCUAUGCUACUGGCUACUACGCGGAACUGAGAAAACAGACUGGAAAAUUGUGAGCUCAUUGUUAUUUGCCUCCAUUUGCCUCACUGCAGUUGUAGUGAAAAUGAAAAGAGCCAAAGAGCAGAGGGUUGAGAAUACUGGUCAUAGGGUUGGGAUGGAUUGGGCAGGAUCAUGAGUGGGCUUGAAAAAUUACUUCUCUGAAGACUGUAGUAGUUGAAGCAAUAGGAGCACGGGUCUCAAUAUUAUUUCAACAAAACAGCUAGUCUAUUUUACCUUAACUUUUCUCUGUUGAGGUGCCUUUCACACGGUGCUUUAUGGUACAUCUCAAUUUUUAGCAUCAGAUUCAACUCUUUCUAGUGUAGUGCCUGAUCAGGUUAAAAGUCAAUUUGGGUGAGUUUUCUCCAACCUAGAAUUAAGCUCUGGACUGGAGCAAUAGCACAGCAGGUAGGGUGUUUGCCUUGCAUGAGGCCAACCCAGAUUUGAUUCCUCCAGCCCUCUAGGAGAGCCCGGCAAGCUACUGAGAGUAUCCUGCUUGCACGGCAGAGCCUGACAAGCUACCCGUGGCGUAUUUGAUAUGCCAAAAACAGUAACAACAAGUCUCACAAUGGAGACGUUACUGGUGCUUGCUUGAGCAAAUCGAUGAACAAUGGGACAACAGUGCUAUAGUGCUAUAAUUAAGUUCUGUACACUAAAAUUAUGUGAAGAGAAAGUGUUGGUUAUUAUUUUCUUGGAUGUUUACAUCUGCUUUUGCAUAUAUACUUUAUUAUUUUUUAUGGUUUAUUAUAUUUUAUUUCGUAAAUAUAUAUUCUUAAAUAUUGCACAUAUACUUUAGAACACAAGACAACACUUAAAGAUUUAUAUAACUCUAAUAUGACCUGUGUAUAAAAGAAAUUUAAACAUUACA